AUGUGCGGUUCAGACAAUUGUGUUUUGAGGUUAUCAUUCUAUCUCUAGUCUAUAUUUUCAAUAUUUUGAAUUUUGAUUUCGGUUUUUUUGCUAAAACAAUUUCAAAUUCAAAUAUUUCUACUUUAUUUGUCAACUGAGGAUUUUAAAAAAAUGGAUAAACCAGUAGUAUUAUCGAGAGUUUUGAAGGUUUUGGGCAGGACAGGAUCGCAAGGUCAGUGUACGCAAGUUAAAGUGGAGUUCAUUGGCGAACAAAAUCGUCAAAUCAUAAGAAACGUUAAAGGACCUGUCCGUGAAGGCGAUAUACUUACACUCCUCGAAUCUGAAAGAGAAGCAAGAAGACUUCGAUAACAUUUUUAAUGCAAGUAUAUUAUCUUGAAUAUGAAGUAAAGAAGAUUAAAAUCACAGAAACAAAAAAAAAUGUAAUAACAUAAAUACAACAAAAUAAAUACAUGCAUUAAAAAUA